AUGGCCUCCCUGUUGCGGCAGAUCGUCGCAGGCCCUCGAGCCAAACACGCCGAGACGGGACUUGACCUUUGCUACGUGACCGACGACAUCAUUGUAACCUCUGGACCGAGCCAGACAUAUCCCCAACGAGCCUACCGCAACCCUCUGGACCGCCUCGUCGCCUUCCUCGACGCCAAACACCCUGAUAACUGGGCGAUAUGGGAGUUCCGCGCCGAAGGGACAGGAUACCCUGACGAGGCCGUCUACGGUCGCAUACGGCACUACCCCUGGCCUGAUCACCACCCGCCGCCUUUCAGGAUGGUGCCGAUGAUAAUGGCUAGUAUGAGGAGCUGGCUGCACGAGGAGGACACUCACUCGUCUGAUACUAAGAAGGAUGCAAAAGGAGACAAGGGCAAAGAGGUGGGUAAAAAGUGCGGGUGGAAGGCCGAGGAUGCCCUGGCGCGCUUCACCGAGAGGCGGAUGCGACCAACUUUCGGCGCCGGAGUGUCGAUACCGUCUCAGCUCCGGUGGAUAAGCUAUGCCGACCGGUGGACGAAGGGGGGCAAGAAAUACAUCGAUCGGGAGGUUGAGGUCCUGGAAAUCCACGUCUGGGGCCUACGCCAUGGGGUCAAGGUUAAUGUCGAGGGCUUCGCCGACGAGGGCAAGAAGAUCAAAGUCCUACACACGUUCAAGAAGGAAGAGAGAUACGUGGUACAGGGCGAUGCCCCAGGCGGAGGCGGAGUAAUGGACCUCCUGGGAGACGCCUGGAGCCCUACCAACGAGGACGACGAGAUCUAUGAAGACGCAGACUACAACGAGAUUGUCGGUAACGACAGUGACAAGAAGGGCAGCGACAGCAGCAACAAUGCCAGCAAAGAUUCCUCGCCGGCUCGGAGCAAAUCUAAGAAAGGCUCACGGGCAAGCCGGCUGGUGUCCGGCUCACCUGCCCGCAACUCCAGCGUCAACAAGGCCAGCAAGAGCAAGACAAUCAAUCCUGCCGACUUCGCCGGCGCCUCGGAAACGUCCUCGCCGUCUGCCUCUAGCCUCAUCGUCCCUAACAAGAACACAUCCCAGCCGUCCCUAGCUCAAGCGUCCACAUUCGCAGAUACCAACGAGCCUGGGGGCAUGGCGGUUAUCUUCAAACCAACGUCCCCGAUCCGCAUCUCAAACUCGGACGUGAAUGUCUCCCUCGAGCGGCGCAACCGCGCUCCGUCGUCGUUGGGCUUAACGAUGGUCACGGCGGUGGCACACGUCUGGUUCAACGUCUUCUUCGAGGGCGGGGGCCCAGAGCAGAACGGCCGUGCUGACGAGUCGGGCGUGUUCGCGAUUGACUGGGACAAGAUGGACGGCAUCAAAGGCUCAAGCCGCAAGGGCACCAGGGCAGCGGACCGCAUCAGCGUUGUCUGGAGGGUGGUCGGCACCAACGGUCCCGUGCCGGAGGUCAAGGAGCCGGGCGAGGGCAGCCCGGUGCCUGAAAUGAGGCCCGCGGACUGGAAGGGAGAGCAUGACGAGGAUCCCGGCGCAGACCGGAAACUCGGGCUGCGGGCAGAGACCUCCGCGAGCGCGUCGGUCAGCAAGGCGAGCUCUGUGAAGAGUGCUGCGGGUGACGGCGGUAAGGAGGGCGGGGACAGUGCUAAGGAGAGCGACGACGAGUCGCUGACUGGCGUGAAGAGUAGUGAUCCCACGGGCCAGGAGCUCAAAGACAGCGACUCGGCGAAACUGGCCGUUUCCCAAGGAACGCCUCAGGAGGGCUCCAAGGGACAAGCUACUGGGGACGAGCUGUCGGACCACGAGAAAAAGGUCGAGGCGACGAGGGGCCGUACGGCAAACCCUGAAAAGGAGGCCAGCGGAGCAACGAAGUCCGAAGAGCAGCUUCUCGAAGCCGCCAUGGCGCCGGUUCGAGAGGCUAGGCUCAGCAAGGCCAGCGAGACUGCCAUCGUGCAGAAGAAGGCCGAGGAGGAGGCCGCCUCAAGUACAAACCCGUCUGAAGAACAUGGCGGGCAAGGAAGUGACGACGGCAAGGACCACGACAGCGGUGAGCGCAAGCUCGGCUUCGUCAGGGCAGGUAAGAAGCUCUUGCCGCUGCACUCGAAGAAGACUGACGAGGACGGGAAAGAUCCUAGAGUGGUGAACGCGAGUGUCAAGAAGUAG